UUCACCACGCACACUAACCUUCUUGACAGCAGCCAAGAUGGCACGCCUGUGUCUGUUUGUCUCUUUGGUGACUUGCCUCUUGUUUCAAGAUGCAGUAGGAUUUCAGUUUUCGAUUCUCCACACAAACGACGUGCAGUCUAGAUUUGAGGAGACCGAUCAAAAAGGCAAUGAAUGUACGGAAAAGGAUAAAAAUGAAAACAGUUGUGUCGGAGGUUUCGCGCGGAUGAAGACGUUCAUCGACAAGACACGCGCGGAUAACGACCACGUACUUCUCCUCGACGCCGGAAGCCAAUACACGGGGACUCUCUGGUUCUACGUGUAUGGCGGAUCGCUUGUGGCGAAGUUCAUGAAUCUGCUGGGAUACGACGCAAUGAGUUUGGGCAAUCACGAGUUUGAUAGCGGUUCAAAGGGCUUACUACCUCUCUUAAACGAUGCUAACUUCUCUAUACUGGGCGCCAAUAUUAACGCAUCUUUGGAUCCUUAUCUCAGCGGCAAGAUCAAUGCCAGCUGGGUCUUUAGCAUGAUGGUCAACUCAGAGGAAGAGAAAGUAGGCGUUGUAGGUUAUAUAUCAACAGACACAGCAAAUAUAUCUAAACCAGGAGACAAGAUAGAAUUUUACGACGAGAUCGAGUCUAUUCAGAAAGAAGUCGACCGCCUGAAGACCAUGGGUGUGAACAAGAUUAUCGCCCUUGGACACUCGGGCUUCAAAAAGGAUCUCGAGAUUGCCGAAAAGGUGAACGGUGUUGAUGUCGUGAUUGGUGGCCAAACCAAUACUUUUCUUUAUAACGGAACUGCUCCAUCUACCGAGAAACCCCAAGGCCCGUACCCUCACGUUGUGACCCGGGAAGACGGAAGCAAGGUACUGGUAGUGCAGGCAUACGCCCUAGGAAAAUACGUGGGCUUCUUAACAGUGUCCUUCAAUGCAAGUGGUAAUCUCGAUUGGUGGAAAGGGAAUCCUGUUCUAAUGGACAAUUCAACGCAGGAAGAUGCUGAUAUUCUCAAGGAGAUGGAACCGUACAAGGCCAAUGUUUCUAACUUCGCCAAAGAGUCGGCUGGGACUACGCAUGUUCCGCUAGAAGCCGACGCGAAAGUUUGUAGGAAAAGGGAAUGCAACCUGGGCAAUGUGAUCACUGAUGCUCUGGUGUGGGAAAAUAUUGGUACUUCAAACGCAUCUGGCUGGAACCACGUGGCUAUGGCAAUAUUUAAUUCUGGAGGUAUUCGACGAUCUAUCGGCAAAGGUGACGUGAAUAUGCGAAAUGUGAUAAACACUUUGCCCUAUCUUGACACUAUGGACAUCAUAAUGCUUAAGGGGAUGUACUUGAAGGAAGUUUUCACCCAUUCCAGCUCUAAAUAUCACUCAGUUUUCGGUGGAUUUCUUCAAGUUUCUGGUAUUAAAGUGAAGUAUGCCAUGCACAAGCCCGUUGAUCAGCGAGUGGAAGAGCUACUUGUCAGGUGUCACGACUGUGAUAUCCCUGAAUACCGGCCUGUUGAUGACGAAAAAGUGUACCCGAUUGUGACGCCAUCUUUCUUAGCCAAUGGUGGAGAUGGUUACAUGGUCUUAAAACACAAGAGUAGUAGUCGAACUUCAACUGACAAACGAAUAUCAGAUAUUCUGGCGAAGUAUUUGAGAAGUCGAACUCCAGUCACAACUGGAUUGGAGGGGAGGAUAACUAUGGUCGCAAAGGACGCCCCCUGGUGCCUGUGUUGGUCCAAUCAGGAUUGUCCUUGCCCAUCCUCGGCGAGCACCGUGUCCAUGACGUCAUUACUUUUCUCUGUUGUCUCUUCUGCUUUUGUUAUGUUUGUGUCUGGUGGCUAAAUACAGGGCAGAGUCCACCUAGACAUUACAGACAAACGUUAGCUAGACAGUUUUGUGCGUGCGUGCGUGCAUGUUUUAUUCCGCUUCAUGUUAAACCGAAUGGCUACAUGGCUUGCUUGCUUGCUUAAACUCUGUAUACUUUCCUAUAUUCAGUUAAGGUUCAGGCACGUCCAUCCCAAGCCAAAUCUCUGGCAUGGCCAGUGGUUGGGUUUGGGACAGAAGGGUAUUUAGUAUUUACCUUUAGGGGACAAUUUAGAUUUUAUUGAUUAAAAAAAAAGGAGGGGAAAUAAUUUACAGAGCAACAGCCAUCAAAACAAUAAGCUAUAAUUGAAAUUUUAAACGCCAAAUUAUUAAUAAUAUAUAGUUAUAAUUUUAUAGGUGCCCUAAAGGAUUGAGAAUGGAAAGGGUUGUGUUUCGCGCCACAGAAAGAGUGUCGCAACAACAUUUUGAUGAGCAUAGGCGUCUGGGCUUCCGUGUUUGAUGGAGACAUGCUGAUUUUUGCACGAAUUAAACAACGUUUAUUCGUAUUAGCAAUAUAGGGAUGCAAACGAAUCAAUACGCUUUUUUGCAUGGAUUACAACUAAUAUUGUAGGUAGAAGGAUGGAAAUACAUGGUGAUUAAGGUUUCAGGCCAGUUCAUUUUGACCGAAUAUCUCAUCGUUUUUGCCCUAAUUUGAGGAUUUGCUCCAGAAUUAGGGGUCGUUGGCCCUCCCCCUCCCUACCCCCUCUCUCGUACGCUUAAUUUGAUGAAUCCCAAUCGUAUUCAGGGCUUGAGUGUGGCAAAAUGGGUUGGAGGGGUUGGAAGGUCAGUCCAUCCUAGCCAAAAAGCAUUCCUACUGUCGAAACCGCCUACGCCCUAAGUCAUAUUGAGAACAAGUCAAAUCGUUUGUGAACGUUUGUGUUGUUCGCUGUCGCUGAACGCAGUCCUUGUUUCAUUUAGCAGUUCAGUUUAGGACCAAAUACAUGCUCAUAUUUGAUUCCUUUAAUAUCUGCUUCAUUUAGCACGAACAUACAAUUAAUUAUUGUUGUACAUAUGCCAGUGUAUUAUAUUUUUACUGUAAAAUAUUCAUAGUCAUAGCCAAAUCCCAGUUGAUAUAACGACCACAGGCUUAAGGGUUUGAUUAGUUAUAUUGUCUGUGUUAAUACAUAUAGACAGGGUAGGAAACGAAGAUCAAAAACAGACCCCCACUUGCUGCAAAUGACAAAUUUGAAACAUAAAAAGAUAUUUAUACCACAAACUUAUAUUGGUCGAUUCCUAGAAUGAUAAUUUUUCUACUUAUAUCAUUUAAUGUCAUUAAAAAAUAUUCAUUUCUCUAAA